AUGUCUAGCUGGAAGAUUCCAUGCCUGGAUUCAUAUUUGGACAAGGUUAAUCUUUCUUUAUGGCCUCGUUUUAAGAUGGUGUUUGACUCACACCUCAGCAGUCUGAGGGAUGCAAACGUAAAUUCAUUAUGGGAAGAUGAUGUUCAUCCUCACUAUGUCAUGAGGCGUUGUGCUGAAUUCACAGCUUCGUUUAUUCACCUGAAUGUUGAAUAUGGAGAUGGUCAGCUUGAUAUAAAUUUGGAACGUUUAAGAAUGGCUGUAGAUGGCUUGAUUCUCAAGCUUGCAAGUUUGUUCCCAAAGCCAAAGCAGCAAAUUGUGUUUCUCAUAAACAACUACUACAUGAUAAUUUCUGUGCUGAAGGAAGCUGAACAAGAAGGUGGGAAAAUUCAAAUGCAUUUUGAGGAAUUGCUAAAGAGCAACACUUCGUUAUUUGUGGAAGAAUUACUGGUUGAGCAUUUUAGUGAUUUAAUAAAAAUUGUGAAAAGUCUAACCUCAGCUGAGGAUCCAAACUCAAAUCAAGAGAGGUCCAUCACAGUUGCUGAAGUAGAGCCGCUGGUUAAAGACUUUGGAAGCAGAUGGAAAACAGCGAUAGAGUUGAUGCACAAAGAUAUCAUGACUUGCUUCAGUAACUUCUUGUGUGGUAUGGAGAUCUUGAGACCUGCGUUGACACAAUUGGUGCUCUAUAACAAAAUACUCGCAGACUGCAUCAAGAAGAUAGAUGGUGCAGCUGCUUUGAACAGGCAUAUUGUCUCCGAUGGAUCUAUCCAGAUAGAGAUGAAGAAAUAUCAUCAGACUUUCUGA